AAGAGGUAUUUACUCAAAAGAAAAAAAAAAGUUAAUUGAAAAUACCAAGAUAUACAGAGUACCGAAACGAACCACCAAACGGCCCAAACGGGCGCCAACAUACCACAGAGUGGGUGCGAUUUAAAUCUUUCCUAAAUGGAAUUUCGUAUUUCUUUGUUUGGGUCGUCUUUUUAAUUCUAGGGUUUGGCCGUUUGGCGCUAAAAGUUAAAAGGAUGUUGCAGCUGCUGCUUUGCGCGGCGAUCUUGGGCGAAAUAGCGCUGAUUCUAGCGCUGUUGUUGGAGAUCAAACUGGCGGAGCCGGUGAUGAUAGCGGUGGAUCGCUUGAAACGAGGGAGGGGCCCACUCGUUGUGAGGAUCAUCGCUGGUUCGGUGUUGUUUGUGCUAGUGGCCAGGGUCUACGGUACGAUCAACAUCAUCAAACGAACCACCAUGUUCAAUCCGAGUGUUCUCAUGAACAUGCUCCAGAUUUCUCUUACGGGAUUCUUGCUGUUUCUUUCAGUUAUUUUGGAUAGAUUGCAUCAUUACACGAGAGAAGUUUCUUUACUCAGGACUGAAAUGGAGGCUGCACAAAGAGAGAACCAAACUUUUCAAGAGGAGAAAAACGGAAGAGCCCUGGNCGGAAGAGCCCUGGCGCUUAAGAUCUUGGAACAAGAGAUUGCUAAAUUGAGGACAAACAUCAUGAAUACGGAAACUGAAUAUGAGACGAAAGCAAAGGGGGCAAAGCUGGAAAAAACCAAGGUAUAUGCCUUGAGAAAGCAAUAUGAAGGACUCCUAGCGGAAAUUGAUCGCGUGCAGGAAGACAACCAAAUUCUUCGAAGCCAGCUAGAAUGGGUAGAUCUAAGCUAUGAUGACAAAACGAAACACGCAAGGAAGCGAUUACAUUAGCAAAUUUUAUUCAUAUGCAUAUGUGAGGGUUUUUUAGACGCAGAAUUGAGGCAGAGAAAGAGGAUAAGUGCACCCAUAUGUAUAUAAAGCGUAGGAAUUGAAGCAAGGAAUUUGUGUAGUUUCGAAUUCUAUUAGUUCUGCUAAUGUAAAGAUUGCUCAAAGCAUUGAACCCAUUUCAAAAUGUUAACAUGUG